ACCAACGGAGAGUAAAACAUUGCAUUUGUACGAAGCAAGAUACUUGGCACUACUUGAAGAGUUACUUGGUUCUUGCAGUCGAUGAAAAGAAAGAAGAAUAUGUUUGUUCAUUUCAUUCUCGAUCCUAUUUCGAUUAGUGAGGAAGCAACAGAAGCAUCCUUUGCUGCUCGAUAUGGCUGCUUAGUACUUAUUGAAAAUGUCGAGAGAUUAGACAUUGGAGCACUUGUCUCGAUUAGAGGAGCUGGUCGUGUGAAGAUUUCGAGAAUUCUAGGGGCAGAUCCUUAUUUGUCUGGAGAGGUCAGACCAAUACAAGAUCGUUUUAAUUAUGAGAGCAGCGAUGAAAUAACCUCAAAAAUAUCCAACCUAAAGGAAUCUAUCAAGAAUCUCAACAGCUUGGAGAUCAAACUUAAGGCUCCAGAUGACUCGCUGCUUCAAACUCGUCUCUUUAACUCUUUGAAAUGGGCUGAAGAUGAGCCACCGGGAGAAUGUGAAGAAUCCUUUUUUCCUUCCCUUCAAGAACGUUUAUCAUUCGCUGCGUUUCAACCGGUUUCAGGAGUCACACAGUCGGAACUGUCAAGGUUACAACAGGAGAAAUUAAAGGCAAUGGAUAUAAAAGAUACAAUGGAGAGGUUAAAACUUUCAAUGGGACUCAUCAAGGAGAACAUUUCUUCAAUUGCAGCCAAACUCGCCAUCCAGUCUUUGGAUAUUCGUUAGAGUUUAUAAUAUGUCUCUAAUUGUAAAUGUGCCAGAUUGAUGAAUUUUUAAUUAAAAUUGAAAUGACCUUCAUACCUCCUUUUUUCCAAUAUGUAAAUUACAUAGAUUUGAUAUUUUAAACACUUUAUAUAAGCUUUAAA